GAAGCGUAUAAAAAUAGCGCAUUUCCAUCAACAACCCGCCUUGGUGAGCGCCAGUGGAUUAUUGCCAGGAUUUACGCCGGACGCUCCUUGGGACCUUUCGCGAUCGCUGCUGACUUCGGUUAUUCACCGCUGAUACUUCAAGUGGGGCCGUAAUUCGUCGCCAUGGCGUCGAAUUGGACACGUUGGUUGCUGCUACUCGCAGCUGUGGUCACUCUGGAAACAACGCCCACCGCCGCCGCUAUCGAGUACUUCGUGACUGCACCAGGAUACUUGACGCCGAAUGCUGAUAUCAAGCUCACCGCAGUAGUGCGAAACCCGCCAUCCGACGGUCAACUGGUUGUGGAACUGUGGGGCACUCGUUCGGGAAUCAACCAGAACAGCACCGUCCUGGCUACCCAGACGUAUGACGUCAGUUCAAAGGGCAUCGACUCCGAACUCCUUUUCCACGUCCCCAAUCUGAACCCAAGCGAGUUCUACAACGUGUACCUGGAUGUGACUGGCAAGUUUGGAAGCAGCCAGUUUUACAAUAGGUCCUCUGUUCAACUUGAGUAUGUCAACAACAUCAAUGUCAUCGUACAGACCGACAAGCCCAUGUACCGACAAGGAAGUACAGUCAACUACCGGAUCCUCUUGCUUGACAAUGAACUCUUGCCGGUCACUGACCAGCUGGCAAACAUCACUAUCACAAACCCCUACGGCCAGCUUCUAUUCCAGCAGCAAUUUGUCAAUUUCAGCGAUGGUCUUCUGCAAAAUUCCUUCAAGCUCCUUGAUAUUACUGACGAAGGCACAUGGACGAUUGCGGUAUCGGCUGGUACAAACUCUGGAUCCACAUCGUUUGAAGUCCGGGACUACGUGCUACCGAAGUUCUCGGUCACCAUCACACCAGACGGUAACGACGUCGUCACGAACCCCACGGUGCUCUACACUAUUUGCGCGAAGUACACCUACGGCGAAAAUGUGAAAGGAACUGUGCAAGUCUACACGUCUCCAUUCAACUACUACUACCCGCUGCGCCAGAAGCCUGUUAUUCUUCGCGUAGCAGAGAUCAACGGGUGUUACGACUAUGUAUUCAACGUUUCGCUGCUGAACACGGUCAACUACACGUACCCUACAUACCCAUCGAUCAACGUUACUGCCAAAGUCAUCGAAGAUGGCACAGGUGUGUCCCAAUCCGCCACAGAGCUGCACAGCCGAGGUACCACACGGCUUAGGCUGAACUUUGGACAGAAGUACAGCCCCAAUGGCCAGUACACCAGCAAUGACAACACGUUCAAACUGAACCUCCUCAACAAGGGACAGCUUUAUGUGCAAGAACUUGACGGAACUCCACGCCCCAAAGAGGUCAUUCAAGUCUGCAUGUUCGUCGAGCGCAACAAAUUCACGUGGCGCUCAUGGGAGACUGACAACGUGCUGGCUUGCCGAAACUACACAUCAGACGACCAAGGGAUCGUUCAUUUCAGCAUGCCACCCUUCAGCCAAAGAGUCACCGGUGUCAUCCUUCAGGCCAUAGCCGUCAAUUACCCACGCAUCAUUAUCAAGAACGGACCAACCCUCGAGAAGCCAAUGACUCGGCAAAACUUGGUUCCUUUCUAUUCGCCCACUGCAAGCUCCAUUCGAAUUGACCGUGGUGAUGGCAGCGUGUACACGUGUCAGGCCAGCUUUGUGCGAGACAUUGUCAUGACUGCCGACGCCAACGUUGACUACCAGCUAUUUAUGACGCUCAAUUCUGCUGGGCGCAUUCUGGAAACUCGCAACUUCACCAAGCGGUUUACCGAAGCGGAGAUCACUAUGGUUCAAACCGACGACAACGUGAUCAAGAACGGUGACACUCCACCUGACAGCUCCAAUCCCCAAAUCACUGAACCGGACACCACACGCUCAGUGGGCAGCUUCCAGUUCAAGUCCACACUGCCUCCAAACGCCAGCCCGAAGGCUCAGCUGCUUGUCUACUACGUGCACAGGGACGCCAAUGGCAACCCUAUCGAAGUCGUUUCGGACUCGGCGGAGUUCAGCGUACAGAAGUGUCUAGAGAACAAUGUGUCGCUGACAUUUGAUCCGAAGAAGGCUUUGCCCGGUUCUAACGUCUCUCUUUCGCUUGAUGCUGCCGGUAACUCUUUGUGUGGAGUCGGAGCCGUCGACAGCAGCGUCGCUCUUCUAGACGGAUACAAUCAAAGAAAUUCCAGGGAUGCUCUUCUUAACCAGAUCAGCAACCUGAACUACAGAUACACUCGCACGUCUCUCGUCAACCAGAGCUACUGUUACGUAGAUGGCUACCUCUACAAUGAACCCUACGAGACAUCUGCAAGCACUAAACCGCCCAAGAGGAGGAGGAGGCAAGCAGUAUCUCCCUCGGUAUCCUUCAGCUACGACUCGCUGAGUUCUUUCGAGAACUCCGGUCUGGUCAUCUUCACUAACCUGCCCGUCCAGACAAGGCCUUGCCCAAAUCGCGCUUUCCCCGGAUACCCAAACAACCAAGUACUCGGAAAUGUCAAUCGCUUCUACCCCACCUUCGGAGCUGCCAACAAAGUAGCGUUCCGGCCGAGCGCAAGCGGCGCUGCUGGAUUUGCUGCAGCAUCUCCAAUAGCCGAAUCGGCAGCGCAAGACUUCACAGGGGACGCCGUCCAAGGCACCAACUCGGUUAGGACUCUGUUCCCUGAAACUUGGCUGUGGCAGAUCAGAACAGUUAGUGCCUCGGGCUCGCUGGUGUACGAAGAGACCAUUCCGGAUACAAUCACAACAUGGCAGGGCACUGCUGUGUGCUUGCAUCCGAAGAACGGCUUGGGCAUCUCCCAGGUUGCCAAUGUCACCGGGUUCCAGCCACUAUUCGCAUCGCUCACGUUACCGGCCUACAUGCAACGAAACGAAGUGGCUACCAUCAUACUGACGGCGUUCAAUUACGGUGACGAGUGUGUUGUGGUUCGGGCCAGUCUGAGGUCCCUGGAAAACUUGGAGAUUGUCAGCGGUCCCAACAGCACCGACGCUCUUCUAUGCCCAAACUCCACAAACUCGGCGUCGUUCCCAUUCGACGUGCGUGCCACAACCCUCGAGCUUUCCAGGCUUGAAGCCCGCGUCCAGACGAGGCCGGAGGCUCAGUCCGAGUAUCCAGACGUGAAGUUGUCCAACGUGAACUCAAGUGACACCGUCAUUCAGACAAUUGACGUCAGACCCGAAGGGUUCUCCAUCCGAACCAUCGAUACAUACCUGCUCUGCGCGUCAGGUGACCAGAACACUGCUCCGGACACUGUGCAAGUAACCCUGCCGACACCAGAAGCGCUUGUUGAAGGUUCUCAGCGGGUUGUGUUGGUUGGUACGGGCGACAUCCUCGCACUCAGUCUCAACGACCUGUCUGUCCCCACUAUCACGUACUCCAACGCCGAAGGAACUUUGGCCGUUCUAGCUUCCAGCGUCUAUCUCCUCAAGUACCUAGAACAGACUGGCACUUUGACGGACACUGUCAGCUCUGGACUGAGAUCUCGCAUCCACCAAGCAUCUCAAGCUCAGUACAGCUUCCGCUCCUCCGAUGGAUCAUACGCAUCGUUUGGCUCGAGCGAGUACCCGAGGAGCGUCUUCCUCACGGCCUUCGCCGUCAAGGCCCUGAGUGCUGCAAAGGAAUAUCUCGGAGCGAACGUUGCUGCUGAAAUCGACGCCAGCGUUCGUUACGUGACACAGCAGUGGAACCCCUUCACAGGCUGCUUCGUUGAGAACGCGCCCGGAUCAUCGCCGUUUGGGCCGAACACAACACCCGACUUUAGCGCUGCAGUGGGCGUCAUGCUGGCGGAGAGCGGGGUCUUGAACGAGACCAUCGCAGAAGGAGUUCUCCGUUGCAUCGAUGCAAACAACCUUCCGUCGAACCACACCACGGCUCUGAACGCUUAUUUCUCGGCACUCGUCAACAGACCGGACAGAGCCAACAAAGCCCUGGAAACUCUCCUUGGGGAAGCCGAGAAAUCUAGUGGCCUGACAUCUUGGACUGGAAACGGUCUGUCGUACGGCUCCGCCGACACCGCCGGCUACGCAGUGUUGACAUCUAAGCUGCUCAACCGCAACUUGGGAGAGGCCCUGCCUAUUGUCCGCUGGCUUCUGCAGCAGACCUACGCCCGAUACACGUUCUCCUAUUCGGAGGUUUACACUGUCGCCAUUCAAGCCCUGACCCAGUAUUCAAGCGUGGCAUUCUCGAAGAACACCGACUUAGUCCUGAACGUUGCUGUCGACGCUGCAACACCCGAAAAUCUCGCUUUCCAGAUCAACGAACAGAACAAACUGCUCUAUCAGGAGCGUCUCUUGAACAAAAGCGACUCUUACAGCUUCCAAGCAUCGCUUGCUCCAAACAGCGUCGGCUGCGCAGCACUACAGGUCAAGUACUACUACAACUCCAGAAAUAGUCCGGUUCAGCGAGGCAUCCAAGUCAACGCUUCCGCGACAUCGGGACCGGACUGCAGCACACUGCAGCUGGACAUUUGCACACGGUACACGGAAGGUUUUCUGCGCAGUUCCGCAAUUGUGGAAGUAACCCUGCUUUCUGGCUAUUCUGCCGAUGACCAAUCUUUGAAAAACCUGGUCAGCAGCGGCGUUGUCAAGCGCUAUGUUGUGAACGGCAACAAAGUUCAGCUUAUUCUUCAGACGCUCACCAUUCAGCCUACUUGCUUCAGCCUGACGGAGAGCAGGUAUCUGCAAGUGACCAACCUUCAGACUUCUGUCGUGGAAGUGUACGACUACUACCAGUAUCAGUACAAGGCAACCGCUGGCUACGGACUGGAGGGCAACUGUACGCCUGCCCAAAUCGCGCCGCCUACAAGUCUCAACGAAGUGGACAGCGUGAUAUACAUUUAACGCCAUCUUCACUCCUGUCUUCAUGCAUCGGCAUUUCUCCACAUCUAGACAAACGAUCUCAAGUGCCUCCGAGUCAUCUGUCUUGUGAUACUUUGUGUUGGUGUGUUUUUAUCGAACUCUCCUGUCAUUUGCAAUAAAGCAUACGCUCUUUUAC